GGGGGAGAGAGAGGGACUGGUUUAACCUUACAAGGUUGUUAUCACUACCAUACAUUCCCUUACAUUUGUGGUGCCAAUGCAAGCAUUUCUUUAUUAUCUUCAAUCUUUGUUUCUGUGGUUCCAGGGUCCACCGGGUCCAGUCUUGGGUUAGAGUCUCCGGAGCAGAGAAGCUGUGAUCCAGAGCCGCGGUCCCGCUCCAAGGAGCCCGAUUCCCCCCUGAACCAGCAGGGUGUUUCUGUGGAGAGGGAGACGUGCCCCCUGCAAAAUUGGAAACCUGCUGAUGCCUUGGAGCCCACACUGAAGCCGGACCCUCAGACGAAGGAUGCCUCACCCCUUCCUAGUUACUCUUCCUCGGCCCCUAACAUUCAAAUUGAAGUCCCUCUGCUGAGCGAGGAGCCCCAGGCCCUGCCUCUGAUUAAAAGUGAGGCUGGGGACCACACACUGAGUGAACCUGAGUCUCUGCAGGAGCAGGCAGCUGUCAGGAGCAGGACGGUGUUGGUGCGUGUGGACAGAGAGGAGGCUCACAGAAACAGGGAGUGCUCUCCGGAGAGACUCGCAGGAGAUGAAGGUGCAGCUGCGGGUUACAUCCCUGAGCUCGUGCACCGCUGCCCCCGCUGCGGCGAGGCGUUUGGCCAUGCCGGCAGCCUGCGACUGCACCUGGAGCAGAAGAGGAAGACCUACGCCUGCGACUGGUGUUGCAAGUCCUUCGCUCAGUCGGCCGACCUGCGGCGCCACCUGCGCACGCACACGGGGGAGCGGCCGCACCGCUGCACCUUCUGCUCCAAGAGCUUCAGCCAGAGGGGGAACCUGCGGCGCCACCUGCGCAUCCACACGGGGGAGCGGCCGUACAGCUGCCCCUACUGCUGCCGCACCUUCAGCGACGGAGACACCAUGAAGAAGCACAAGCGCACGCACUCGGGGGAGAAACCGUACAGCUGCGAGCAAUGCUCCAAAUCCUUUAGCAGCGCCAGUGGGCUGCAUAUACACUUAAAGAAGGACAUGUGCUACGCGGCUAACACCUGAUGGGCAGCUACAGCAAAGACAUGCACAUAUGCAUAGAGUGCUGCAGGGAUGAGACCUUAAUCCCUGAAUUUAGUGAGCAUUCUAUGACUUCCUGUUCUCAUUUAUUUCUAAAAAGAUUAAUUUAAAUGUUCACCUUGCCGUGGUCCAUAAUGCUGCAUACAUAAACACAGUUAGAUGAAUUCCCGUGGAAGGCUUUCAUGUGCCUUAAAAACAGCCGUGCUAACAAGUUGCUAAAUGGGACGACUAUCAUCACGCCGAACAUUAGCAGCCUUUAGCUUAGCGACGGUGACUUGAAGUCAUGUGACCGUACUGUAGUUCCUCUAUAGCCUAACAUUAGCUUUUUACUUCUGGAGAUUGUAUUUACGCUUUUAAAAUCGUAAACAUGUUAAUACGUGGAUAUUAUCCUGCUUAACAAAAUGUGUAAGUAUCAAUAACAUUUGUUAGUCACAGAUUUAAUUUUUUGCAUUGUCUUUUUGUGAAGAGAACCAGGCAGAUGCUAACUUCAGCGUCAGACUACAAAAAUACAUGAAUCCUGCAAUUCUCUAUAUAUAUUUAUUCUAAGUAAAGGACGUAAGCAUUACAAGCCUGUCGGAUAUAUAAAAUGGUGGAUCUCUAAAUAUAUAUAUUUAUCUAUUAUUGGAUUUAUAACAUAUUUAUAUUGAUAAUUAAAAUCUGCCAAGUAACUAACUCAUCAAUAACAACUACAACAUUUUUAAAUAAAAUAAUGAAUAGAAGAAUAAAACUGACCCUCACAUUUUGCAUCAAAAAGUAAAUAAUCAAAGAAUUGCCAGUUAAUUAUCUUUUACGUUGUUAUUUAAAUUAUAAAAUAGCAAAUGAAGAACAUAUUUGAGUGAAGUACACAUACCUGUAAAUUGAAUAUGUAGCCUCUAUAUAUCUAUCCUGCUGGCUUGUGAUGCACCGGAUGAUGAAAUGAAUUUUACAUUCCUGUCUUUACUUUUCCUCUGAUUCCUCCUGCUAACGGUCUUUAAUGCACUUUUUUUGGUUUUACUCUGAAAGGAACAGGAAGAAGUCUAUAGGCAGCUACACAGUCGCACUUAUGUCAUCCCUGCAUUAUUAUGUAUUUAUUUAUAUUUCUUAAGUUGGGACCCUCCAGUGUAACACCACACUAAAAUAUAAAAAUAUUAUUUAUUUCCUUUUCUUUUUAUCAAUGUAUAAACUAUGUCUGAUCUCACGCCACAAUAUUUUUUUUUGGAGAUUGUGAUUGGAAAUGCAGAUAUGAUGUUAGAUAGUAGAUUUGUGCUAUUUCACAGAAAAACCAGAAAACGUGUGUUAGCAGAUACAGUUAUGUGUGUAGAUCUUUACUGUGGGAUUAUUAGUAUUUUGUAUUGAGGUAAAAAUUAUCUUUUUUUAGAAAAAUAAAUGUUCAGUCAAACUGUU